CGCCCACUUCCGGUUGGUGCCGGAAGCCGGAAGCGGCGGCGGGCGGAGGGUCCCCGUGGCGCCUCGGUUUAUCUGGAUCGUGGAUUGGGCAACCCUGAGCCUCAGCGUGGCUGUUGCGGCAUUCCCGGCGUGAUAUCCUUGGGAUGUUCCACCUGGAUGAGAGGUAGAAGAGCUGGCAGCGAAUAGGACGGCGCAGGAAUCCGGGAGGAUGGACACGCUGAGGAACCGGACGGUGGAGGAGCUCCGGGAGCUGCAGGAGGAUUCCCAGGAGAUCGAGCGCUUGGCUUUGGAAUCCCGGGAGGUCCAGGAGCUGCAGCUGGAAAGGGAGAUGGCCCUGGCUGCCAACCGGAGCUUGGCCGAGCAGAACCUGAAAUUCCAGGCGCCGCUGGAGACGGGACGCAGCGACCUCUCCAAGAAGUACCAGGAGCUGCAGGAGCUGGCUGGAAGGUGCAGGGAGCAGAAGGAAAAGCUGGAGAAAUUCUCGGCAGCGCUGCAGCCUCAGACUUUGCUGGAUCUCCUCCAGGUGGAAAGCCAGAAGAUUGAAGAGGAAUCCGAGAAAAUGGCUGAGAGGUUCCUGGAGGGCGAGGUGCCCCUGGAGACGUUCCUGGAGCAGUUUUCCGGCAUGAGGAAGUUGUCCCACCUGCGCCGGGUCCGAGUGGAAAAGCUGCAGGAGAUCGUGAGGAAGAUGGAGGGAUCCCAGGAGCGCGCCAGGGACUCUCAGCCUCCUCUUCCUCCUCCUCGUCCUCGUCCUCCUCCUCUUCCUCACGUUCCCACGGAUCCAACAAAACCCUUCCCAUCGGGAUCUCCGGCCCUCCCUCUGCCCUACAGCCCGGCUCCGACUCUUCCGCCCGGCCCCACUGCCCACGGAGCGUUGCCUCCCGCCCCUUUCCCGGGAUCUCCGGUCACCGUGGGACACGUGGCUUCCUCCCAGCCCAGCUCCCAGUCCACCUUUCCCUACCCGCUUCCUCCAGCUCCCGGAUAUCCGGCGGCUUCCGCUGCCGACUCUGCGCCAGGGUAUCCCAAAUCCACCUCGGGAGGCUUUUCCUGGUCUCCAUCCCGGGCCCCGCCGCAGCCCUUGCCCUAUCCUGCUCCCCAUCCCUCUCCUCCCCCUGCCAGACCGGGGUACUCUCCCUACAUCCCGCCUGGAGCAGGGAGACCGCAGUGUCCCUACCCCACUCAGCCCCCUCUCCCGAAUUUCCCAAUCCCAGCACAGGCUCCCUAUCCUGGGCCUCCCCCAGCCUUUGGAUACCCCCCACCUCCAAACCCUCAGCGUCCUUCCUGGCCUGGAUACUAAUCCAGGACUUCCAGGGAGCAUCCUGUGCUGAUUCCUCCUCUUUUUGGGGACUGAGGAAGAGGAGGGAUCCCAGAGCGUUGCUCCUGGAUCCGUCGGUGCAAAGGAAUUACACGGGAUAAGAGUCGGGCUCCGGAGGUCGGAGCGAGAGGCAGAGCCAGACCAGCAGAAAUCCUGAGAGGAGAAACCUCCAGGGAAACCUUGGAGCACCUUCCGGUGCCUAGAGGGGCUCCAAAAGCACUGGAGAAGGACUUGGACAAGGACUUGGAGUAUGGGAUAAUGGGGAAUGGCUUCACCCUGGGUUUAGAUGGGAUUUGGGGAAGAAAUUCUUCCCUGUGAUGGUGGUGAGGCCCUGGA